GGGGGUGUCGCCCAUCAUUCUGUAUCAUAAUUCAGUUUUCAAUAACAGGCCCAGGUCAAGAUGGUUUGAAAAUUGCUGCAAAGAGAAGGUUAGGGUUCAUUGGCUCAAAACGAGAACAUGGCUGCGCAGAUUGCUCAGAACUACCUUGAACUUCACAAAAUAGGGCCACUUUUUGAGAAUUUGAUGGCCACUUUAAUAAAGGACAUGCCAAAUGAGCCAAUCCCUUACCUUAUCAGAAUGCUGCAAAAAGCAGAUCAGAAACUGAGAAGUCCAAGAGGAGUAUCUGCUCAUGACAGAAGCAAGUCUGCAAGCACAACUGCUCUUCAUUCAAGGUAUGGCAUUGGUGUUUCUGGCCAGCCUGCACCAAAGAGGUCAAUAGAGGAGCCCCAUAUGGCCUUGCCAGGUGGUGGAAAAAACAGUGCUUCUGCAUGGAGCGCAACAAGUUUGAGCGCAUCCCAUGCAAGACCACCCUCCGCUGAUCAGAAAAAAAGAGGUUAUCAGAAGCCGUGGCUAACAGGGUCAAGAACUGGGUCCAAGUCAGAGAGUCUUCUACCAGCAAAGAAAACUGAGAGACCAACAUCAAGUAAGAAAAAAGGUGACUGGAACACCGAUACAAAAGUUAAAGCAAAAGAUUUUGAUGAACUUCGUCAAACACAGCAAGAGGAAACUUCCAAACCACUGUCCCCGCAAAAUUCAGAGCACGAAAAGCUGAAGAAUUAUGAAGGAGCUAAGUCUUGGGCUGCGGGUGAGGAGAAUUUGCCACCGAAUAGGCAGAUGAAACUGGUUCAGAAGGCUAAGUCCGUCGUGGACUCUAAUGAUGAAAUGGAUUUCAAAAGCAUUCCUACAAAAUCUAAUUUUGAGCCAAUGGAAACAGACAGUGCUAAGAUGCCAGAUAAUAAAAAGAAAUCAAAGCCGCACUCAAAAGCAGUUGAAAAACGAAUGAAGCUGAAGGCCUUGCUCUCUGAAGAAGCUCAGAAAAUGGAUGGCAUUUCUGACGAUGGGGAUGAAUCUGCAGAUGAGGCUGUCGAAGUAUUAGAGUAUGCUGAUGAUCUCGAAGGCGAGGGCGUUUGCAACGCAAAAACAGCUGGAUCCAAGCUCAAGAGUCACAAAAUCCGAGACGAAUCAUCAAACUUCCAGAUAAAAAUAUGUGCACGCUGUGCCAAGGUUAUGACAACAACGCCGUAUCAGUUGAGCGGAGGAUUCUCGGACAUUGAUAGUGAAUACACAUCACCCCAGAAGACAGCACUCUCCGACAUAACCGGAAGUGAAGAGGAUUUCGAAAGCGUUUCACAAAUUGGAGAUCCUAGUUCGCAGAAAUGGCCAGUGUUAAAGUCUGAAGAAGAGCCAAAACAUUUCUCAAGCAAGAUUUUUGAUCAAGCAGAGAGCACUGCAUCAGCUGGACAGACAGAUUUCUUUGCAAGAAAUGCCCCAAGGCGGGGUGAAGGAAGCCAAGAGGAAACGCAAGAUAAUAAUUCUCGAACAGGGAUACAGUCUGAUGUUGCAGCCUCUGAUGUGCUAGAAUCAAGCCCUGGAAACGCAUGGGCAGUUAGGCCAGCUGAGAGUUCCACUGAUUUUCAGUAACAUAUAGAUAUUUUCAUUCUGCAUAAUUCAUCUUACUUGGAUAUAUUUUAUGGAAUAUCUUUACUUGGAUCACUUAGUUAGUAGCUUGGAUAUAUUUAUUAUCUUUAGGGGUUGCUUUAAAAUAUAUGUGUUUUUGGCUGUAUUCGUUUUGUUGCAAACAACACCAGCAUAGUGUGAUGUGCCACCUUGGAAACUUGGAAUAUGGAAUGUUGGAAUGUGAAGCAUAUAGAUUUAGGUCUUGGAAAGAAGUGCCUUUCUUUUCAAUAAGCCCUUGAACCAUAAAACCCAAAGCACAUUUAAGCAUGUUGUUAUACAAGUGUAAAAAUCGCAUUCCAAUACCGAAAAUCCUUGAAUUAGCCCCCUGUGGGUUUAUUUAUUUUUGAUAUUUUUGGAUGGGGGCUUAUUCGAUGGGGGGCUUAUACAAUAUAAAGUUAUUAUAGACAUUAAGAAGACAUUAUAAAAGAUUAUUUUACUAGGAAUUUCUUUAUGAGCUUUUAAUUAAUUAAAUACUAUCAAAAGUAUGAAUUUGUUGUGGUAAUUCAAUAAAACGCCAUAGGCAACCUUAGAUAGCAAAAAUCAUCAAAUGGAGGGGUCCAAUUCGAGAAUUUAAGGUAGCAGUGGGGGCUUGUUCGAAGACGGGUUUAUUGACAAUUUGUAGUUCUAGAGUGGGGGCUUAUUCGAGGGGGGGGGCCAAUUCGAGGAUUUACGGUAUUCCAAUUUAGUCCAAUGCCUUAACAUUCCAUAUUCCAUGUUUUUAUGAUACAAUCCUUGCCAAAACAGUCGAAAAACUUCCCUGAAAACUGCAUGCAGCCCCCUUUCCCUUUAACCAAAGCUGAGUAUUUCUAUGUGGAUGCUUUAUGCACAUUAUAUUUGAUUUGCUAAACUUUGACACUUUCAAAUUUAGAUCAGAUUUGGUAACCAACAAUGUGUUGAGGGAGGGGGGGGGUUGAGGGGGAGUGUACAUUAUUAGGAGUUGGCUGGUUCCAAGAGGUAGAAAGAGUACCGUGUUGCGUUUUUCAAGAGGUUUUGACAAGGACUGUAGCCAUAGUGCCAGUGCCACAUUUAUAUUUAACCAUCAAACUGCUCGACUGAUAGUCGUUUGCAAGGUGCACAGCGCACAUCAUCAGAUAUAACAAGAAAAACAUUUUUCACAAGUAAAGUUAGUAUGUGCUUUGAAGUGUGAUUUAUUCUAUAAUACCUUCAGUAUAUAUUUUUACACUGUGCGUUUCAUCAGUAUGAAUGAGUGGCAUGAAGAAUUAAUUAUAUUUUGGCAGCAAACUGUUUUUCAGUCAUCUGGCCAGCCUGCUUAUACUCUCGCCUGUUUUUAUCCUGUUGCACUGGGUUAUGCUCAACCUGACAGUCAAUGUCUCGUGCAAACUCUAAAGAGAAAUAAAUUGCAAGAGGGAAUACAACGUGCAUCAUGUAAAGAGUUUUUCUAUGACAAUUAAAAGAAUAUGAAACAUCAAUUUAAGUGAGAAGUGGAUAAAGUGAAUCUUGUUAGGUUUAAUCAAACUAAAUCCGCACAGGCUGUAUUUUAACAUAAUCACAACUGUGACAUUCCUACGCUUUCCUUGAAUGUUACUGAUUUAGAUGUUUUUGCUUCUUUUUGAAAACAAGGCCUUUUUCUAUCAUUCAACAUUAACUGGUCUCUCGUUUCUUCUAUUGCUGAACAAUCAUCUUAAUAACUUGGGUUCCUCUCAGUAGAGGACCUAGAUUGUUUUAUCAUCACAACUCUUAACAGUUUAUAAGUCCCAACUCUGUCCUUCUUUCGAGUACUGCUCUAAUAUAUUGGAUGGUUCCCCUAUAUCUUUUCUUGUGUCUCCUCGACAAAAUCCAAUCUAAAGCCGUUUGCCUCACCAACAACUGUAUCAUCAACAUCAACAACAUCAACAUCAAUAAUAUAUUGUUGAACGAAAUUGGUUUUAAAUUUAGCUUUGGAAGACUUGACCGCUCACGCCGAUAAUUAUCAAACAUUGUCUUGUAUAUCACUAUUAUUUUUCAUUGAUUAAGUUCUGACAAACCUGGCAACAGUACAGAACUUUUUUUGCUACAUUCUAUCUUUCGUGAGCGGGGAGAAUUUGAAAGGGCUUUGCGCUACCUGGCGUGUUUACUGAUCCUUAUGCAGUAUGUACAUACCCAACAAUAUGAACUCAUUUAAUAUAUAAAACUGCAUUAUGGAAGAUGCCAUGCACGAAUACUGACCAUGAAAGGCACCAAAUUUAGAUUUUUACCUUUGCUGUAGCGUUUUUGUACGAAAAAUGUCUUCUGUUAUUUUGCUGUCAAGUGAUUCUCGUGUACUUGGGGACUCGGAGGGUUCUUGCAACAAAGGAAAGUUCUUUUCACAUACAACCAGGAACCAGCUACCAAAUUCAACUUUUUAAAUAAACCCUUUUGUCUUGAUGAAAUAUAAGAAGUAAAAUGAAAGGUUAUUUCAUGCGUUACCUUGAAAUAUUAACAGUUUAAAUCCAUUUUUUGCUUUCUUAUUGCCAUUGAUUUCUAAUGACCUAAUGCUUCUCUUUGAUUUGGUCUAUUAUCUACAUUGAGUGACUUUGUGAAGCAUCACACUUAUAUGGGGAAUUAAAUUUCAACUAAUUGGACUUUAGUUUAAAUUGCAGUUUGA